AUGUCGAGCCUGAACACACACACCAUGUACGAAGAGAUCAACGCAACCAGUCUUGAGACGUCCACCACGUCUGAGAUCAUCUACCCUGUCGCCGUACAGCGAAACAAGUCCACAAUGGCGUUGGGUCCCAAGGCCGCAGUGCCAGUGAGCAAACCAGACCGUUUGCUUUUCAGGUUGGAGAAACCAACCAAGGACCUGGGCUCUGUCCUCACCACCUUCAACUACUUCCUCUAUCUCUUGGCCUACUUUGACGCCAAAGCCCACAACUUCAAGUCCCAAGCCCUGUCCCUCGCCACGAAACAUGCCUCUGUUGACGGCGCCCUUUCCGGUGCCACCGCCCACCCCGAGGGUUCGCCCUUUGCCAAACUGGGGGCAGUGGUCUACAACGCACGCACGACCCUGCGCCUCUUCGGCCUUCUCCCCCUCUACGUGAGGGCGAGAAAGCUGAUGACUGACUCGAAGGACAUGGACAAGGUGCUUUGGGCCGUUUCCGCAGUCCAAUGCUCCCUGUUUGCCAUUUUCCAGUUCCUCGAAAACGUGGCAUUCCUCACCGAAAACGGCGUCCUGACGUCCCGUGCCAGGGCUGGUCAGUUGGGCGGACGCGUGGCAGCCAUGUACAAAAUAGCACAUCGUGCCUGGUUCCUGGGCCAUGUGUGCGACUUUGCCCGUUUGAUGCGCGAGGCGCAAAUUUUCUUCCGCAGGAAGCACAUCGACAAGGAGGAUAUCACUGAGGAGGAGGCCGAGAGGGCAUCCCAGUGGUACUACGACUGGAUUCGCCCGCUGGCCUGGCUGCCGAUCGGUUGGCAGCUCUCGGCGUGGACGGAGGACGGCAUGUCGGGCAAGUUCAACAAUUUGGGACUUCGGGGCGUUGCUGGUGUCUUGGCUGAUUUGAAGAGGACGGCUACGCUUUGGGAUGCCACCAAGGAUGCUUGA